CAGCUGAUAAAAUUUUAUAUCCAUGCGAAGAUUAAGAAAUGAAUAUGGAUGAUGAUGAGAAUCAUUGAGAAACGAAAAAUAAAUCAUAAUGAUUGUGAAGGAUUUUCUUUAAAGGAUAUAUGCACUAUUUGUUCAAGAUUUAUUCCAAAUUCGAGUCGAAUACUGCAGAGAUAUAAUAGUAAAGCGUUUUGUUCUAUUUUAAAUACAUGUGGCAACUUAUUAUUAACUUCAGCACAAGAUGAUAAAAUUAGAUUAUAUGAUCUUAAAAAUUGUUGCAUUAAAUCAAAUGUAUUAAACAAUGUCAUGGACUUAAAAUUAAAUAGAGAUUUACAAAAAACUUUUUUAAAUAAUGGCAUCCAACCCCUAAUCGAAUAUUCUGCCCAUGAUGUUGGUUGGAGUAUUUUGGAUAUUGCUAUAAAUCCACUUGGAACAAAGUUUAUAUAUUCAUCUUGGUCUAAAUAUGUCCACGAAUGUGAUAUCUUUGAUCUAACCGAAAAUGUUUUGACAAAACCUUCUCUUUUAAACCACAAUGCUUUGCAAUUUUUUGAACCAUUUGACACAAGACAAGAGCCCGACGAAAACCAUUUCUGCAUAUUUUCGCUAUCAUAUUCUCCCAACGGGUCCGAAAUUAUAGGCGGAUCUACUAAUGGUGGCAUCCAUAUAUACGAUAAAGAAAUCAACAAAAAAACGCUCUUGAUUAGAGGACACGAACACGAUGUAAAUGCUGUAGCAUUUUUGAACGCUUCAGACAUCUUAUUAUCUGGGGGAGACGAUGGUUUAGUCAAGGUAUGGGAUCGCAGAAACCUUAAUGAAUCAAAUCCCCAACCCGUAGGUGUGUGGGCCGGACAUUCCAACGGAAUAACAUUUUUGGAUAGCAAAAAGGAUGACCGUUACCUGAUAUCAAAUAGCAAGGAUCAAAGCAUUAAACUAUGGGACGCUAGAAAAUUCUCAGGAAGAUCUGGUCAAGAGGAAGCUUUGAAAGCAGUUUCGAAUCAAGAUUGGGAUUACAGAUGGGAGAGAAUUCCUGAGUCAGUGAAAACGAUUAAAAAGUUAAAAGGCGAUUCAUCUGUGAUGACUUAUUCGGGGGGUCAUUCGAUAUUAUACACUUUAAUCCGUUGUCGUUUCUCACCUAUCCACACGACCGAUCAACGAUUUAUAGUCACUGGUUGCUCCACUGGGAAAAUAGCGAUUUACGACCUGCAAACCGGAAAUUUAAUAGCAACUAUAAUGGGACAUACCGAUUGUGUAAGAGAUGUGUUCUGGCAUCCUUUUACACCCGAUUUCUUUAGUGCAUCUUGGGAUGGAUCUAUUCGACACUCAUACUACAUGAACACUAUCGCAUUUGAAUCAAUGCUAUAAGAAUAAAAAAUAUAUAAAUCGUAAUAUCAUCAUCAAAGAGGAAAAUAUUUGCGCAAUAUUAAUUUUAAAAUAAAAAUAGUAUAUAAAAGGUAUUGAUAGUUUAAUAUAUGUUAUUCAUAUGUAUAGAAUAUUUUAAAUC